GAUAUAUUCAUACUUCAACACUCCAAACUCCAACUAUUUUUCAUUGUAUCAUAUAUUUGUAGCGUUUGAAUUGCAAACAGGAUUGAGACUAAACUGAGUUUCUUUUUGCACUGCAAACAUGUCGAACUUUAUACCAACAUGUGAUUUUGUUAUUUUAAAUAUAACUAAUUCCGGCAAUGAUUUGUGCUGUGCCGAAAGAAGAUUUCAAAAGUCAAUAACGAUCGAUGAUUUUAAGGGAAAAUUAGAGUUACUGACGGGAGGAAAUCAAGCAACAAUGCGUCUUGAAGCGUAUGACAAAAAAAAUCAAUUGGUUUGUCAGCCAAACGAAGGAUCUCGUUUAUUGGGAUCUUAUCCAAUUGACAGCGGAAUGAGAAUUCAUGUAGUAGACACAUCAAUUCCUGUGGACAACUUGGCAUCUGUUGAAAAAUUCCAAAUAUCCGAAGAGGAAUAUUCCAAGCGAUCAGAUACCGUCAAAGCUUUUUUGGAGAAAAAUAAACUUGGAAAAUAUAAUGAGGAGGAUAUGAAACGAAAGAUGGAAGAAAAACUUCGAGAUGCUCAAAUUGAAGAAGAAUUGGCCCAAAAUAUGAAAGCUGGUGAUAGGUGCGAAGUACGAGUCCCAAUGCAGCCCAAACGUAAGGCAACCAUCAUGUACGUUGGUAAAACAGACUUCAAAGAAGGAUGGUGGGUAGGCUUAAAGUACGACGAACCACUAGGAAAAAACGACGGCACAGUAAAUGGCAAGCGAUAUUUCGAGUGUCCACCGAAAUAUGGUAGCUUCGUGAAACCGGCACACGUAGUAAUUGGCGAUUUUCCUGAAGAAGACUACGAUCUCAAUGAAGAAAUGUAAAUCAACUCAUUGUUGAUCGAUUCGUAUAUAUUUAUUUUUUAUUUAAAUUCCAGUAAGCUUUUAAAAUCUACAUGAAUACGAUUUGUUAAAUAAACAUUGAAAAAAUGCAUUUAGGGCUUAAAUUUUGAUACAUUCUUUCAAUCAUUGAUCGCGCAAAAACGUUUUAUAUACAUUUAGUUUAACUAUGAAGUGUUCCAAAAAAACCACGUUAAUAAAGAUCAUUGAUGCGACGGAUUA